AUGCCCCCCAAAGCUGCCAAGGCCAAGAACGACAACAUGUUGAUCGGUAUCACCGUCAACAAGGAGGACGACUUCUCCGGAUGGUACCAGCAGAUUGUCACCAAGGGAGAAAUGCUGGACUACUAUGACGUGUCCGGCUGCUACAUCAUGCGACCUCCCUCCUACUUUGUGUGGGAGCAGAUCCAGGAGUGGUUCAACAUCAAGAUCAAGAAGCUGGGUGUCAAGAACGCCUACUUCCCCAUGUUUGUGUCUUCUCGAGUGCUGGAGAAGGAGAAGGACCACGUGGAGGGUUUUGCUCCCGAGGUUGCCUGGGUUACCAAGGCCGGAUCUUCGGAUCUCGAGGAGCCUGUGGCUAUUCGACCCACUUCCGAGACUGUCAUGUACCCCUACUACGCCAAGUGGGUGCGAUCUCACCGAGACUUGCCUCUCAAGCUCAACCAGUGGAACUCCGUUGUGCGAUGGGAAUUCAAGCACCCCCAGCCUUUCCUGCGAACCCGAGAGUUCCUGUGGCAGGAGGGCCACACCGCCCAUCUGACUGCCAAGGAGGCCGAGGAUGAGGUCAUGGCUAUUCUCGACAAUUACGAGAAGAUCUACAGCGAGCUGCUGGCUGUCCCCGUCAUUAAGGGUAAGAAGUCCGAGAAGGAGAAGUUCGCAGGUGCUCUGUUCACCACCACCGUCGAGGGCUUUAUUCCUUCCACUGGUCGAGGUAUCCAGGGAGCCACCUCCCAUUGUCUGGGCCAGAACUUCUCCAAGAUGUUCGACAUCUCUGUUGAGGAUCCCAACGGAGGUGCAGACAAGCUGUUUGCCUGGCAGAACUCCUGGGGUCUGUCUACCCGAGUCAUUGGUGUCAUGACCAUGACCCACUCCGACAACAAGGGUCUUGUGCUGCCCCCUCGAGUGGCCCACACCCAGGCCAUCAUCAUCCCCUGUGGCCUGACCGCCAAGCUUGCCGCUGAGAAGCGAGCUGCUGUUAUGGACGCCUCCGCUGCCAUUGAGAAGGCUCUGUCCGAGGCCGAUGUCCGAGUCGCCUCCGAUACCCGAGAUACCUACUCUCCGGGCUGGAAGUUUUCCGACGCUGAGCUGCGAGGUAUCCCCCUCCGAAUCGAGGUCGGUCCUCGAGAUGUUGAGCAGGGAAAGAUUGUGGCUGUGCGACGAGACAACGGCGAGAAGAUUGUGAUGGAUAUUGCCGACCUGGCCACCUCUGUCCCCGAGCUGCUGGAGACCAUCCAGAAGGACCUCUUCUCCAAGGCAAAGGAGACCUUCGAUAAGCAUGUCAUCAAGGCCACAACCUGGGACGACUUUGUCAAGGCCCUCAACGCCGGUAACCUGGUUCUGGCCCCCUGGUCCGCCUCCAUCGAGACCGAGGAGUGGAUCAAGGACAACUCUGCCCGAACCGUCGACCCCAACAAUGAGGCCGACGACAAGGCUCCCUCCAUGGGCGCCAAGACCCUGUGCAUUCCUUUUGAGCAGCCCGAGCUUGCUGCCGACGCUGUCUGCGUCACUGGCUCUGGUAAGAAGGCUGACAACUGGUGUUUGUUUGGUCGAUCUUACUAA